AUGAUGUUGCGCAACUUGACGAUGCUGUCUGCUGCAACAGGGCGAAACGUCACUGGCAGCUUGAUCCAACACGGAUGCGCAACCACCGCAUCGACUGCGAGUACGGCGCGGCGGUGGGCGAGCACGAGCAGCGCCGGUCGAUCCAAGGACGAGGCGAGCGCCCCAGCUGGCCAGGCACACGACACAAGGAUCGACGAAGUUGACCACAUGCGCACAUCUCGGCUUGGUCGAGCGCUGCUGACUGCGGGUAGUGCGUUAGGGCUGCUGAACAAUCCAGCUCGAGGAGAUCUUCUCUCUAUGCUAACACAGGUGUCUUCCGGGCCGUCCCUGUCCCAUCUGCUCGGCUUGAUGCGCUCUACGGAAUCGGGCCGCCGAUUGUUGAUCGAGCGUCCUUCGGUCAACUCGGAAACGGUGGAUGUCGAGUAUCUCUGCAGCCUUGAGCGCGGAAAGUUCGGGCGCGAGUGGAUGGAGUGGCUCAAGGAGAAUGGCGUGGGACCGGACGGUCGUGCCGAGGCCGACUACAUGCCGACGCCCGAGCUAAAGUAUCUGAUCCAGCGCUAUCGCGAGUCGCACGACUUCUACCACCUUCUGCUGCGGAUGCCCGUCACGCAGCUCGGCGAGACGGUGGUCAAGUAUUUCGAGAUGGCACAGAUGAACAUGCCCGUCGCUGGAUUUGCUGCGGCGGGAGGCACGCUGCGCAUCCUCGCAUCGAAUCUGUCGUCGCUGCCCAAGCCAUCGCAGCUGCUCACUGCGGCCCUCUCGCCAUCUUCGGUGUCAAACGCGACGGCAUCAGCAGCGAAUCCAACAUCUGGUGAUCUUGCGGCUCUGCAGAGCUUGAUUCCAUGGGCAAUCGAAGUAGGCAAGACGUCGGUGCCGCUCAUCUCGGUCGAGUGGGAAAAGUGCUGGGAGCGCGACAUCGACGACAUGCGACGCGAAUUUGGCAUCACACGGCCUCCCAUCGCCGUGGCGCGAUUUGCAGGCCGCACUGCUCGAGCCGGCAAGAGACGUGGCUGGCCCUCCAAGAUCGUGGAGCACCAGAAGCGAAAGGAACAAGCACAACAGCAGCAAAAGCAGAGCUCGAGCCAAUCACCGAGUUCCGUUCCGGCUGCUCAUUCCGAGUCAAGAUGA